AUGGCUUCCAAGGCAUUUGCAGUCAUCGCCGGAGUGGGCCCUGGAACGGGCGCAUCGAUAGCAAGGAGAUUCGCCAAGACGUAUCCCGUCGUAGUUCUUGCUCGAAAUCCAACCAGCUUCAACCCGUUGGUGCAGGAGAUCAACUCCAGCGGCGGACAAGCCGUGGGCAUCAGCACCGACCUGUCGGAUUCGAAGAGCGUGCAGAACGCCUUCAGCCAGAUCGCAGAGCAGUUCAGGGACGCGAAACUGGCCGCUGCCGUGUUUAAUCCCGGUGGUGGGUUUGUGAGGAAGCCUUUUCUGGAACUGACCGAAGAGGAGUUCACGAGAGGUUUCGAGAGCCAAGGAAAGGGAGGUUUUCUCUUUGCGCAGGCUGUUUUGCCUCUUCUAUUGAAAGCAACAGGGCUGGAGUAUCCCCCGACAUUGAUCUUCACCGGAGCCACAGCCAGCAUCAAAGGCUCGGCAACCUUUUCAGCAUUUGCAACUGGCAAGUUCGCUCUGAGAGCGCUGGCACAGUCGCUUGCCAGGGAAUUUGGACCCAAAGGAGUGCAUGUUUCCCACGUGAUUGUCGACGGGGUGAUUGACAUUCCCCGGACGAAGGGGUGGAAGUUUGAACAUCCGGAUGCGAAGCUGAGCCCGGAUGCUAUUGCAGACACAUACUGGCUCCUGCACACCCAGCCAAGAACAACGUUUGCGUUUGAGCUUGACAUUCGGCCGUAUGUCGAGAAAUGGUAG